AUGGAAUCAAGAAAAGAGAAUGAUAAAGAAGAGAUCACAAUGGAUUUGGUGAAAAAACUUAUAGCAGCACGAGAUGAAAUUGAUCAACGAAUUGCUAAAGAAGAAGAAAUUCUUAAAAUAAAUAAUAUCGAUAUGAAGCAAAGUUUAGUGGAUAAGGAAGGUUUUCCCAUUACAUCUGUUGAUGUAUACGCAGUAAGACAAGCACGAUGUGCUAUUAUAUGUGCGCAAAAUGAUCGUCAAAAAUUAACUGCUGAAAUUGAAAAAGCUAUGCUUAUUUUACAUCAACAAAAACGAGAUUGCACAACAACAUGCAGUGAACAUGCAACUGAUGAUAUUCCAAUAGUGCAUCGUACCAGUAAUGCUCCAUUUGCAAAAGUAGCUAAAGUAAUGAAUGCAUCACCAGCUUUUCGAGCGGGUUUAAAAGAUGGUGAUCAAUUAAUACAAUUUGGUUCAUUACAUGCUGGCAAUUUUACCGAUAUAAAAGAACUUAGCAUUGUUGUACAAAACUCUAUGAAUAAACCAAUACGAGUAACAGUGCUAAGAGAUAAUAGGCCGAUACGCCUAGAACUUAUACCACAAAUGUGGUCUGGAAAAGGCACUCUCGGAUGUUCUGUACUUCCAGUCACUCCUGCUCAUAUAUGA